AAACCGCUGCGCGUAAAGCACAGAGCGCACGGGGGAAGAAUGCAGAGCAAUAAGACCUAUAGAUCAGACUAAACCCACAGACAUGCAUUGCAGAUAAGACCAGCACUUAGCUAUCUUGGAAAUCUACAACUUCUACAAGGUGAAUGCUGUGCGUUCGAGCUGGAUGAAUCGCUUUUAGAGGUUUAUCAGAGCGGAGUUGCAUUUGCUAGAGGCUGUUUGCAAAGAUGCGCGUCAUGGGUACUUCAGUGGCGUUAGUUUUAGUGCUUUUCCUCAGCGCAUCAUGGGCAUGCCAGCUUCCCCACGACUGGAGACCUCAGACGGAAGCGUGCCGCGCAGAGCUGGCGGAGAUCAUCGUGUUUGCCAAAGUGCUCGCCCUCCAUAAGGAGUCUUACAGCGUGUAUAAUUUCCUCCCGUGGCAGUACGACACGGAUCUGUUCUUCUCCGCCGAGAUCGAGCUGCUGUGCGACCAGGCAUGGGGCAGCAUGCUGGAGGUGCCCGCCGGAUCCAGGUUCAACGUCAGCGGGCUUGGGUAUUUCCCCUGCUACUCAUACAGCGUCAUGGAGAAUAACUCCUACUAUUUCUUUUUAAGGAUGGAUGAAAACUAUAGCAUCAUUCCACACGGAGUAAACUUCCAGGACCCCAUAUUUCCUGACACGCCGGAGAACCAUCGCAUGUUUGCCAGCUUAUUCCAGUUUUCUAACUGCACAGCGGGCACGCAGGUUCACACUUACACCCCAGACUGGGAGCUCCAGGAGGAUAAUCGGCUAUGGUGCUCCAACAUACAAAAGGCCUUAUUUGAGGAGGAAGAGAAAGUCAAAAACCUUUCUCAGAAAGUGAAGAUCCUGGAGAAGGCCAACAACCACCUGAGGGACAAAGUGAAGAAUAUGAAGCGUCUCUUGAGGCAGGCCAAACGAGAGACCAAAGAGCCCGUUCAGAGCUUCAAACAGCUCCAUGAAGCCGAACCGGGGUUGCCACAUCCUCAACAGGACACCACCCAGGAGCAGAAGCCCACUCUCAGGAAAAUCAUCCCCAAAACUCUCAAGAACUAAGAGCUGGUUGAAACUAUAACGUGUUGGCGGGUCUAGACUGACACAGAGAGGUCAUACAGGAAUCUAUAAAGACAGCAUGUUCUUCGAAAAAGGUUCUCAUGUGCAGUGAACCUUUUCUUUUGAAUGGAAAGACAAAGGAAUCAAUGUUACAACAGGCAUACGACUAGCUACAUGUAUAUUGUUCAGACGGUGUAGACGGUGUAUUUUCAUUUGACUGUAUUGACCUUGUUCUUCAAUGCGGAAGUGCACUUGUUUUU